AUGAGACUAUAUAUAGCUCUAGGCAUUCGCCUUGCAAUUCAAUCCUCAGAGUCAUCGUUACGAAACAGUUUGUGUAAUAAAACACUCACAACACAAGCUAUGUUUAUUUUCUUCUUCUCUUGUUUACUGUCCCUAGGGUUUCUCCUUCGUUUCUUCAACGGAAAACGACAAGGUUGUUAUCACCAUAACCAUGCACCUCCUUCGCACCCAGUAAUUGGAUGUCUCGUUUCUUUCUACCAAAACCGCCACCGUCUCCUAGACUGGUACACCCAACACAUAGCUCAAUCCCCGACCCACACUAUCGUCGUGCGCCGCCUCGGCGCGCGUCGCACGGUGGUGACGGCGAAUCCCCGCAACGUGGAGUACAUUCUGAAGACCAACUUUGGGAACUUCCCCAAAGGCAAGCCCUUCACCGAAAUCCUCGGCGAUCUUCUCGGGUGCGGGAUUUUCAACGUGGACGGCGAGCUCUGGCAGGCGCAGCGCAAGUUAGCGAGUCACGAGUUCAGCACGCGCUCCCUUAAGGACUUCACGGUGAAAACACUCCACGAAGAGGUCCAACACAGGCUUAUUCCACUACUUGAGCUUGCUGCACGUGAGAGCCACGUGAUCGACCUGCAGGACGUGCUGCGGAGACUCACGUUCGACACGGUGUGCAUGGUGUCGCUGGGCUACGACCCCUGCUGCCUGGAUCUGAACAAGCCCCUGCCUCCUCUUCUCACGGCGUUCGACAAGGCGUCGGAGGUGAGCGCAGCGCGCGGCGCGGCGCCGGUGUUUCUGGUAUGGAAGCUGAAGAGAAUGUUGAACGUGGGGUCAGAAAAGGCUUUGAAGGAAGCCGUGAAGCUGGUUCAUGAAUCGGUGAUGAAGAUCAUAAAAGCAAAGAAAAAUGAAAUGACAUGCAAUGGAAGAAAAGGUGGCACUGAUUUGCUGGUUCGUUUGCUGGAGGCGGGGCAAGAGGAAACGGCGGUAAGGGACAUGGUUAUAAGCAUGAUAAUGGCGGGGAGAGACACCACUUCCGCGGCGAUGACGUGGCUGUUCUGGUUGUUGUCGAAGCAUCGAGAAGAAGAAGCGUUGCUAGUGAAAGAGGUCUAUUGUGGAGAUAACCGAAGUGAGGGUUUGGAUUACGCAUGUUUGAAAGAGAUGAAGUUGUUGAAGGCGUGUUUGUGUGAGUCGAUGAGGCUUUACCCACCGGUGGCGUGGGACUCGAAGCAUGCGGGUGGUGCUGACGUGUUACCUGAUGGGACACACGUCGGGAAAGGGGAUAGGGUGACUUAUUUUCCGUACGGAAUGGGGAGAAUGGAGGCUUUGUGGGGGGAGGAUUGUUGUGAGUUUAAACCACAACGUUGGUUUCGUGAUGAGAAUGUUGAUAAUGGGGUUCUCAAGUGUGUGGAUCCUUACAAGUUUCCUGUGUUUCAGGCAGGUCCAAGAGUGUGUCUUGGGAGGGAAAUGGCUUUUAUUCAGAUGGAGUAUGUGGUGGCUUCCAUUCUAAACCGUUUUGUUGUUUCGCCAGUCUCUGAUGAACACCCCCGUUUUGUUCCUCUUUUAACAGCUCACAUGGCUGGAGGAUUCAAAGUUAGGAUCAACAACAGAACUGGAGCUGGAAGUGAAAAGUGA